UUGACAGUUUUUCAUAUAAAAUUAACCAAUAAUAUUGAUACAUUUUUGCUGAUCGUCAGCAAACGUAGGUGGUACGUAUCUUUCGUAUUGACUACGUAUUAUAUAGUUUGUUAGGAAUUUUCAAACACAGUUUCCAAAAAAUACCAGUGAGUGAACAGUUAAUAUUAGAAGCGGAGUAUAUUACGAUAGGAAUAUCAGUAGCAAAGUGACAUACAAUUUAUGACCUAAUGGACACCGGCAUCAUCAAUGUGGAUAUCAACUUUGGUGAACAGAAAGAUGAUGUAUUGAAGAAAUCACCAAGCCACGAAUCAGACAGUGGGGUUAGUAUCAUGAGUAGUCCCCAGCAUUCGAUAAUAUCUGACUUUGAAGAUGACAUUUCUUUCAAAGCUCUGUCCCCUCCAUGCUUUGAAAAUUUUGAGAAUCUGUUGGACACUGGACUAUCUAAUUACUUAGCUAGUGAAACUGACAGUAAUGAUGCUUCUGAUUUUGAUGUAGCAAGCAUUGUGUCUGUUUCACCAGUUGUUCCAAGUAAUACAAACGCAUAUCACUGUCAAGUGUCUGAUACCUCUCAGGAUUCUGAUAUCAAUUGCAGGAAGCAAGAUCUUUCCAACACUACUGUAGCAAAGGCAGUUAACACUAGUGAAGCAAAAAAUAGCAAUUUCUCUACUUUACCACCUGUUAAAGUGAUCAAGGUCAUAACUGCACCAAGGACUAGUUCAAGGUUUCAGAUGGAGAAAGAGAUAGUUGAAGCCAUUGAUGAGAAAAACAAGAAAAAUGCAAAACAAGCCAAAAUGAAUCGCGAAAAGAAAAAGGCUUAUAUUAAAAAUCUUGAAGAUGAAGUUGAUUCAUUACAAUCUCAAAAUGCCAAUUUAAAUGACAAAAUGGAUAAGCUGGAGCACCACAAAAAUGCUCUUGAGGAAGAAGUUGAUUAUCUUAAAAGUGUUCUAGCGAAUCAAAGUACAUUGUCAAACUUGCUGAAAAACAUUCCAAAUGCCAAUGUUAAACUAACAAGUUCAUUUAGGGAACGCAAAAGAAGUGCUGCACAUGACCAUGACUAUCAAGGGAAAACAAAACAUUGCAAGAAAUCGAAAUCUGCAGGAGUUUGUCUUCAUGUCGAGAAUGAAAAUGUGUCGUUGGAGUUUUGUGCAUCGUGUUCAAGGAAUGCCCAAGGAAGUAGCAGUUGAAACUGCUUCAUUUGUUUAAAUCAGGAUGAGGUGAUCAUGUACAAAUGUACAUGCAUGUUCAUUAUGUCCAUCAACUGGACAUAGACUUUCAGGUAUUAGAAGGUCAACUCUGGAUACUGGUAAAUAGAUUUAAGUACAAUGAUGCUAUAAAUGAUCACAGCACCCAGUUCAGGUUUAAAAAUUACAAAAAAAAUGUUUGACUCUUUGUAAAAAGUGUACAAAUGUAUAGUAUAUUAACUUUGAAUAAUACUUAAAAAUUAUUGUAAACAGUUUUAGGCUUUAUUAAAGAAAAUAAUAAAGUUCUUGAAAGUCAAUAUGUAAAAUGACUAACAAUGUCAUAAAGCAUGGAAAGUUAAUAAAUUUACAUGAUGAUAAAUAUAUAAUUGCCUCAGAUGAAAAUACAUUCUAAAUAAUAUUCAGAUUAUGGACAAUGCUGUAAAGCCUAAAACUGUAACUAGAAAUAUCAUGUAAAUUCAUUUAUGAAGAUUAUUCUAAUGACUCUUACAGUUCUUUUGACAGGUUGCUGUUACCAUUGAGAAACUGAAGGCUGAUAGGAUACCAAUUCUUCAGCUCUUUACCAUAUUUGUUGUGAAUCCUGUUGGUGAAAUGUUUGGAGCCAAGUGAAUGUAGAGAAAGAAAGAAGCAUUUCCCGGGAAUUAUAAAUCGGGUAGUAUCAAGAAGGUGAUAUACAGUUGUAGGCUGUCAAAAUGAAUAAGGUUGGGGAAAUUCAAAAUCUGAAAUUUUAAUUAUUUCUGUAAUAUUUUUUGGCAUCAAUAGAAAAGCAUGCUAAUUAUUGCAAGCUUACAAAAUUGGAAUGAUUUGGGAUGCAUAUUUUUACCAAAGAGAUUUGAUUUCUCGAAAGAAAUUUUUUUUUUCUUGAAGAAUGCAUUUGAGUAAAAGGAAUGUUAGUUACUUUUGGGCGUUCACAGAUAUUUAUCUGUAAAAAAUAAUUGUUAUUAUGAUGAUAAGGAAUUUAUUUGUUCGAAACUUGUUACAUUUAGUGCAGUGCUAUUUUUGACAAUUAUUGUAUUGUUAAUAUUGCAUGUUACUGUAUUAUAAAGAUAAUGACAUGAUUAAAAUGUUACGUUUUGAAGAA